AUGAGAACUCCUCCUCUUUGUAUAAUCUCUGAUACGUUCACUGCAUGGACAGUUGAAAUUGCUAAUGAAAUUGAGAUUUUUCAUUCAGUUUUUCUUACUGGUGGUGCUUAUGGUCUGGCCAUUUAUUACUCAAUUUGGUUAAACCAACCCCAACUUCAAAAUGAGUCCGAGGAAUUUAUAGUUCCUGAUUUCCCCUAUGAGUUGAGAAUCCAUAGAUCUCAAUUGGCAAAUAUUGCAUUAAAAGCAACUGGCAAUGAUUCCUGGUCUCUGUUCCUCAAAAGAGAGCUCUCUCAAACAUUGAAUUCUGAUGGAUUCUUGAUUAAUACAGUUGAGGAAUUUGACCAAGUUGGGUUAACUUAUUUCAAGUCAAAGCUGGGUCAUGAUUCAGUUUGGGCAGUUGGACCUGUUAGUGAUUAUUCAUUGGCUCUCAAAACUAGAACUGCUAGUACUGAUUUGAGCAUUCAGUGGCUUAAUAAGCAUGAAGAGAAGUCAGUUUUGUAUAUCUCAUUUGGGUCACAGAACACAAUUUCUAGCACCCAAAUGAUGGAAUUAGCAAUUGGAUUAGAAAAGAGUGGGAAGAAUUUCAUUUGGGUUGUUAGACCACCAUUGGGGUAUGAUAUCAAUGGAGUUUCGGUCCGAAUGGUUACCGGAUGGGUUCAAAGAACGGAUGGAAGUUAA